AUGGUUGGGUCAUUAUUUAUGGGUUUUAUGUCUGUUAGUUUGGGUACUUUUAUUGGAAGUGUAGUUAGAAAAUCCUCUAGAGGUGAUCCAAAUAUUUUAGAAAAUCCAACACCGGAUUUUAUAGCAAUUAAUUUUAUGGUUACAAUUUAUUAUUUUUGGAAGGAUUUUGGACAGAUAAUAAUCAGUUUACCAUUUAUCAAUUUAAAAUUAUAUAUUGAUGAAAUUUUAUUAUUCUCAUUCGCAUUAUUAUACUCAUUAAUAUAUAUUUUUGAUAUUAUAUCAUUUAUAAAUCAAAAAAAUAAUUUAAAAUUUAAAAUUAAUAAUAAUAAUAAUAAUAAUAAUAAUAAUAAUAAUAAUAAUAAUAAAAAAUUCAACUAA